UCUUAAUAGGAAAAAAAAAAAAAAGAGAAGAAACAUACUAGAAAAGAAGAAGUUUGGUAACCCUAACCCUCGAAAAAAUUCCAAUCCGUAGAAUUUGAGCUAACCCUCCCUUGCCCUGCCAUUACAACUUUACAAGUGAAAUUCAUCUCUCUCUCUCUCUACAUUACAGAUUUACAGUCUACAGUCAUAUUCAACCAUUCAUUCCAGUUUUCUUUUCUAUCUAAAAGCUCGAUUUCCAGCAUCUUACUUUUCGAGGAAAGAAAUUGAAGGAUUUUGCGACGAAAUUUGAAGCUAUUUAGCGAGAUUACCAGAUUAGAUAGACAAGAUGCCGAGGACGAGAGCCUCUGCAGCAGCAGCUUCUGUUCCGCAUACACACGAGGAGGAAAAUGAAUUAGAAAGGGCCACUCAACCUGAGGAGAAGGUGGAUUUGGAUGGAGAAAAUGAUCCUGAAGAAACAAUAGAAGAAGAGAUUGAGUAUGAAGAAGUGGAGGAAGAAGUGGAGGAAGAGGUGGAAGAAGAGGAGGAGGUAGAAGAGGAGGUCGAAGAAGUAGAGGAGGAGGAGGAGGAGGAAGAAGAAGAAGAAGAGGAGGAAGAAGAAGAGGAGGAGGCUCCUGGUGCUGAAAAAGUCGGUGAUGCUGACACUGAUAUGGUUGAAGGGGAUGACCAGAAAGAGCAUGCUAAGCUACUUGCUCUUCCUCCUCAUGGUUCAGAAGUUUUUCUCGGCCGCAUACCUCAUGAUGCUACCGACGAGGAAUUGAGGGGCUUUUGUGAAACUAUAGGAGAAGUUGUGGAGGUCAGGAUAAUGAAAGGCAAAGAACCCGGUGAAAACAAAGGCUAUGCUUUUGUGACAUUUAAGACAAAGGAAUUGGCUUCUAAAGCUAUGGAGAAAUUGAAUAACACUGUACUGAAGGGUAAGAAAGUAAAGUGCUCCUCAUCGCAAGCUAAGCAUAAGCUCUUUAUUGGUAACUUACCUAGAGCCUGGGGAGAACAGGAACUAAGAAAGGUGGUUUCAGAGGUUGGGCCUGGAGUGACUACUAUCGAACUUCUAAAGGACCUACAAAAUUCCAGCCGCAACCGUGGAUAUGCAUUCAUCGAGUACUACAAUCAUGCAUGUGCUGAAUAUUCAAGACAGAAGAUGUCGAAUGCAGGUUUUAGGCUCGGCGGUAAUACUCCAACAGUCAGUUGGGCUGAUCCUAAAAAUGCGGAAUCUUCUGCUGCAGCCCAGGUUAAGGCUGUCUAUGUGAAGAACUUGCCUAGAGAUGUCACUGAAGACGGUUUAAGGGAGCUUUUUGAACGACAUGGGGUAAUAACUAAAGUUGUUUUGCCACCUGCAAAACCUGGCCAAGAGAACAGCAGAUUUGGCUUUGUGCAUUUUGAGGAAAGGUCUGCUGCUCUGAAAGCUGUAGAGAGCACUGAGAAAUAUGAACUCAAAGGUCAAGUUCUGGAUUGUUCUUUGGCAAAGCCACAAGUUGACAAGGUAACACCAGGCACUGGUUAUCAGAAAUCAGCUUUGCUUCCUGCUUAUGGGCCUCGAGCUGGCUAUGGUGUGGUUGGUGGUGGAUUCGGAGCUGUCGGUGCAGGAUAUGGUGCUCCAGGCUUGACGCAACCACUACUUUAUGGCGGCAGGGGUCCAGGUCCUGCUGGUAUGGCAAUGAUGCCGAUGCUUUUACCAGAUGGAAGGAUUGGAUAUGUAUUGCAACAACCUGGAGGGCACCCACAGACCCCUCCACAGCAACAUAGAGGUGGUGGUAGAGGUGGUGGUGGUGGUAGGGGUGGCUCCUCAAGUGGGGGAAAGCGUAAUCAUAAUAGUGGUCGGGGACGAAGCCGUUACAACCCUUACUGAGAUUAAGCUGUAAGGCCCUGCCGUUCAAUCUGGAUGCCAUGACUUGAAUCUUAUGAUAUUACAGUUGUAACGCAUUUAAUUUGUUGGUCAGGAUUACAGGAUUUAUAUGCUUGUCAAAUGAAAUCAUCCUGUACCAUCUUGUAUUCGUUUAAUGUCUUGUUUAGUUGUAGCUCGCAUGGUCCACAAAUGGUGAUAUGUACUGAAGGAAGUAGAUCUAUUAACAAUAGCUUCUUAAAUUUUAUGCUCUUUCAAAUUUUUGAAAUAUUUUCUUAGGGAAACGUUCAAAAGAUUGUAUUAUUGUUGCACUAAGCAUUGUGGCAGUCCUUAAUUAUAAGUCAUAACCUUUACAAAGUUGCUUUUUUUAGGAAGUUGUGAAUAAAGAGCUUAUUUUGAUAUUUCUUUA